AUGCGCAUCUCCAGAUUCUUGAGCCUGCUUUCAGCGGCGACGCUGGCGUCGGCAGCCCAUCUUCCUCCGCGCAACUACACGAGCCACGACUACUAUGCCAUCCACGUCACCUCGUCAACCUCCCCAGCGGAGCUCGCUGCCCACCUGGGGCUCACCUAUGAUGGACCCUUCCCAGCGCUGGAAGACCACCACGUGUUCAAAGCGCCGAAGCACGAGAACGACAUAGUAGACGAUGCAGUACAAGAGCUUAAGCGGCGGCGGCGGAAACGAGAAAUCGGCAUAGAAUACCACAUCCUCGACAGCGUGCGCUUCAACCAGAAGCAAAAGCUCAAGCCUAGGCACUGGAAGCGCAGCCGGAUACCCGAGCGCAACGAUGUCAGAGCAAAGGAGAGCAACGCUGUCAAGGCCCAGCGGGAGAUUGCGACCAAGCUUGAGAUCAAGGAUCCCAUCUUCGAGGAACAGUGGCACAUUUUCAAUGUGGCCACGCCCGGGAACGACAUCAAUGUCACCGAUGUCUGGAUGCAGGGUAUUACGGGCAAAAAUGUAACAGCUUGCAUUGUUGAUGACGGGCUCGACAUGGACAGCAACGAUUUGAAAGACAACUUCUUCGCCGAGGGCUCGUACGACUUCAACGACCACGAGGACCUCCCCGUACCUAAGUUAUCAGACGAUCGUCACGGUACGCGAUGCGCUGGUGAAGUUGCUGCGGGAAGAAACGAUGCUUGCGGUGUGGGUCUGGCCUACGAUUCGAGGAUAUCCGGCGUCCGCAUAUUAUCGGGCGAUAUUACCGACAUGGACGAAUCGCUCGCCAUCAACUACAAAAUGGACAAGAACGACAUUUACUCUUGUUCCUGGGGCCCACCAGACGACGGGAGAACUAUGCAGGCUCCCGGAAUUUUAAUCGAGAAAGCUAUGAUUACAGCCAUCCAGCAAGGUCGCGAGGGCAAAGGUUCCAUUUAUGUUUUUGCCGCAGGCAACGGUGCGGCAAGCGACGACAAUUGCAACUUCGACGGCUACACAAACAGUAUCUAUAGUAUCACGGUCGGUGCUAUCGACAAGGACAACAAACAUCCCUACUAUUCCGAGGCCUGCUCUGCGCAGCUUGUCGUGACAUAUUCUAGCGGGAGCGGCGACGCUAUCCAUACCACCGACGUUGGCGCGAACAAGUGCACCGCUAACCAUGGCGGCACAUCCGCUGCUGGUCCCAUUGGAGUCGGUGUAUACGCUCUCGUCUUGCAAGUUAACCCCGACUUGACUUGGCGUGACCUACAGUGGCUCUCCGUUAUGACCGCUGUUCCAUUCGACCAACCUAGCGACUGGACGCAGACCCCCGGUACUGGUCGUACAUUCAGUCAUCAAUUUGGUUACGGCAAGCUUGACGCGUGGGCGAUUGUGGAAGCUGCCAAGACUUGGAAGGUGGUCAAGCCACAGGCCUGGUUCUGGUCGCCAUGGAUGCAUGUCAAGAAGCCCAUUCCACAGGGCGAUAAGGGUCUUGCGAGCGUCUUUGAGGUCACUGAGCAGAUGUUGAAGGACACCAACUUCGAGCGUGUUGAGCACAUCACCUUGACCAUGAACAUUGAGCAUCAGCGACGUGGUGACCUUAGUGUUGAGCUGAUUAGUCCCGACGGCAUGACGAGCCACCUUUCGACGGCGCGCCGUGACGACGAAGCCCCGUACGGCUACGUUGACUGGACUUUCAUGAGUGUAGCUCAUUUCGGCGAGAAGGGAGUGGGCAAAUGGACGGUCAUCGUGAAGGACACCAAUGUGAACGCCAUGGUUGGCACCUUUACCGACUGGAAGCUCCGCCUUUGGGGCGAAUGCAUCGACGCGUCGAAACAGAAGCUCCGACCAUUGCCGACCGAGCACGACGACGAUGAUCACGACGUUAUCGAUGAUCAUCCGGCUCACACGACCUCUGUUGCUGUUGCUUCAUCUGGUACCAAGACUGCCUCCGUCAACCCUUCAGACAUGCCCACUCGUCCUGUAAACCAGAAGCCCUCUAGCAAGCCCACUGACACGGAGCAGGCAGCAGUCUCUUCAACUCCUACUACAACUGCAACUACGCCUUCUGGCUCGUCCACUUCUGCGACAGCCUCUCCAGAAAGUUUCCUGCCAUCCAUAUUCCCUACGUUUGGUGUGUCUAAACGCACCCAAAUAUGGAUAUAUGGUAGCAUUGGACUGAUUCUUGUCUUUUGCUCUUGUCUAGCCGUGUAUCUCUUCCUUGCGCGUCGGAAACGACUACAGUCGAGCCGCGACAACUACGAAUUUGAAGUGCUGGACGACGCGGAAGACAAUGAGAAUGCACGGAUGCUCAGCGGUGGAGCGGCUGGUCGCCAGGGCAGGAGAGCAAGAAGGGGUGGUGAACUUUAUGAUGCGUUUGCAGGAGAAAGCGAUGAGGAUCUUUUGAGCGAGAGCGAGGAUGGUGAUGCUCCGUACAGGGAUCGCGAUGAGCCCUAUGACGAGAAAGCGGCGCACAAGGAGGAUGGAAGCGACGCUGAGGGCAGCAACGCAAGUGGAAGUUCUGGCGGCAAGAGGCAGUAG